AUGAGUGCAUUUACAGAAGCCAAUCGAAAGGCCUUCGACGACCUCUCAGCAUCCUACAACACCAAACCCUGGCAAAUCAAACUCGCCAACCAAGUCGCCGAAGGCCUCCAAGCGCGCAAAGACUGGCUCGGAGCCCAAUGGAUCGACCCCCAAGAGCCCUCCGGCAAACGAGACGUCCGCCUGCUCGACUACGCCUGCGGCACCGGCGCCAUCACGAAGGCCCUAGGACCCUACGUCACCACGAUCCGAGGCAUCGAUAUCAGCGAGAACAUGGUGCAGAAGUACAACGAAACUGCGCGGUCGUCGGGUCUCAGCGAAGAGCAGGCUCAUGCCGUUGUGGGCGACCUCUGCGGUGAGAAGGUCACGGAGGGACUGGAGGGCCCCGAAUGGCAGGACUUCGAUAUUGCUGUUAUAGGUCUUGGAUUCCACCACAUGGAACACCCCACCCUCGCGCUCCAACGCCUCGCCGCGCGCCUCAAGCCCUCCACGGGCGUCCUGGUCAUUAUCGACUUCCUCCCCUUCGACGUCAAGAAAGACCACGACGCCGGCGGCCAGGGCGGCCAGUUCCCGGAGAUGAAGCACACGAUCAAACAUAACGGGUUCACCGGGGCGCAGAUGCGAGAUCUGUACCAGACGGCAGGGUUUGAAGAUUUCGAGGUCGUGGCGCUGAAGGAGCCGGCGGUGAUGGAGUUGGCGAGCGGGACGGUGCAGCGGACGCUGUUUUUCGCGCGGGGGAGGAGGGCGAAGACGGUCUGGCAGAAAUUCUCGGGAUGGGUCGGAGAGAUGCAGAGUUGGGCGGCGGCGGGGCCGAGCAUGACGAGGGUGGAUCAGAGUCGUUGGGAUCCUGGGUUCAGUCAUGGCGGGGAGAAGGUGUGGGAUAUUGGGAAGGUCAAGGAGGAGCAGUAUAGUGGGAUGGAGCAGAAUGCUCCGAAGAAGGCGUGGAAUGGGUUUUAG